AUGAGGCAGUCGACACCCAUUCACUGGGUUGUCCAGGCUUGUCUAAUAUGGUUGACAUUGGUAUUAUUGGCAUCAUCUGCCCCCACUUUUGAUAAUAUGGCGUCUUCGGACUCCCAUGACCCUGCGCUGCAGACCCGUGACACAAAGCCGUUUCCAUUGAGAAUUCUACCCCUCGGUGCUUCUAUCACCAUGGGGUACAAAUCAAAAGACGGAAACGGAUAUCGUAAAUGGCUUCGAGAGCAAUUGCGAUAUGUUGGGUGGAAGGUUGACAUGGUUGGUACCUUAAAAAGCGGUACCAUGCAUGAUAAUGAUCACGAUGGACACAUCGGCUGGAGAAUCGAUCAAAUAGCCGCCCAUGCCAAGCAGAUCAUCCCUCAACAACCUAAUCUAAUUCUCCUCAAUGCUGGUACAAAUGAUGCUCUACAAGAAUACAAAGUAAAAACCGCAGGCCAGCGGAUGGACUCACUCCUAACCUACCUCUUCGACAAAAUCCCUAACACAACCAUCAUCAUUUCAACCCUCACAUUCAACGGAAAGAAGCCCCAAGUAGCCACAGAAAUCAGCAGGCAAUACCUCGAACUUGCAGCGAAACGCCGAGCACGAAAUGAAAGCCUCGUCGUAGCUGACAUGAGCAUCUUCAUCAAGUGGAACCAACUUGUGGAUAACAUUCAUCCCACAGAAACUGGCUACGAGGAAAUGGCAUCGGUGUGGUGGGCGGCCAUUCAAGAAGCUGAUAAGGAAGGCUUGCUCAAGCCGCCAAAUCCUACUCCCACAAGUAAGGGGACUAUCAGCAAGGCCCGUGAAACCCAACUUGACGAUAGCACCGGGGAUCCGGAUUUGCCUGCAUAUACGGCCCCGCCUCAGCCUACAAUAUCACUUGGCAGCUCGGAUCGAUCCAGACGGUGGCAUCUCUGGGCUGUUGGAUUACAGAUUAUUAUGAUUGGCAUUGGUUUGUUUUAUGUAUGA